AUGGAAGAACUUAGAAGGGAGAUUAGACAAGCUACUGGUCAAGGACACAGCCGUGAAGCUGAAAGAGAAGAGCAAUCUCCACAACGCCAACGAGAGCAUGAUGGUUCGCAAGAAAUUGAUAACUACUAUGAGCGUAGAAGAUCCUCUUCUAGAGACAGUCGUAGGAGACCUAGGAGAGAUCACGUGGGAAGAAUGUAUCAUAGAGAUGAGUAUACUGGUCUUAAGAUCAAGAUCCCUCCUUUCCAUGUGACUGCUAGACGUGUCAAUCAAGAGUAUCCUGUUAGCUCUUGGCAAGAGAUGAAGUCUUUGAUGCGCAAGAGGUUUGUACCUAGCCACUACCAUCGUGAUUUGCACCAGAGGCUACGAAAACUGAUUCAAGGCUCCAAAACCGUGGAGGAAUACUAUCAAGAGAUGGAGUUGUUGAUGCAAAGAGCGAGUGUCUCAGAAGAUAGAGAAGCUACCAUGUCAAGGUUUCUUGGAGGACUCAACCAUGAGAUACAAGAUAGAGUGGAGAUGCAGCAUUACGUUGAGCUAGAGGAGAUGCUACACAAAGCUAUCUUGGUGGAACAACAACUCAAAAGAAAGAGCUACUCUCGUUCUAGCUAUGGUACUAGCAAGUUUCAGCAUUCAAGGGAAGAGAAGCCUAGUUACCAGAAGGAGAGCAAGCCGUAUCAGAAGGAUGACACUAAGCCUAGCAGCAUCUUUGACAAAGAUAAAGGAAAAGCAGUAGCUACGGGUUUGAAGUCUCGGGAUGUUAAGUGCUUUAAGUGUCAAGGGCGUGGACACUAUGCCAACGAGUGUACUAACAAGAAAACCAUGAUUCUUCUAGACACUGGAGAGUAUUUGUCUCAGGAUGAGAAGAUCCACACUGAACGUGAGCAAUCUGAGGCAGAAUCUGAAGAAGAACCGGUCAGAGGAAGGUUACUAGUAACAAGAAGACUUCUGAAUCUUCAAACCAAGGCAGAAGAAACUGAGCAGCGUGAGAAUUUGUUCUACACUAGAUGUCUGGUUCAAGGAAAGGUCUGUAGUCUCAUCAUUGAUGGAGGAAGUUGUGUCAACGUGGCCAGUGAGACAAUGGUGGCAAAGUUGGGUUUAAGAGUUCAGAAACAUCCAAAGCCAUACCGGUUGCAGUGGCUUAAUGAAGAAGGAGAGAUGAGAGUCUCAACUCAGGUUCUGAUUCCCAUAGCCAUUGGUAGAUACGAAGACGAGGUUUUAUGUGAUAUACUACCUAUGGAAGCAAGCCACAUUCUUCUUGGACGACCUUGGCAAUCAGACAGGCGUGUGAUGCAUGAUGGUUAUACUAACAAGCACACCUUUGAGCAUAAUGGCAAGAAAACCGUGCUGGUGCCUCUAACUCCCAAAGAGGUUCAUGAAGAUCAACUUCAACUUCAGAAAAAGAAAAAGAUUGAUCUCAAGCCUGAUCAAAGCAAGCAAUACAGUCUCUAUGCCAAAACAGGGGAGAUCAAAAGAAUUCUCUACUCUCAAAAUUCUUUUGUUUUACUCAGGUUUAAAGAGAACCUACUAACUGUUGCUAAUAAAACACCGGAAUAUCCGAGUGAACUAUCUUCUCUUUUGCAGGAAUAUAAAGAUAUCUUUCCAGAAGACAAUCCAAUUGGGUUACCUCCAAUUCGUGGGAUUGAACAUCAGAUAGAUUUUGUUCCUGGAGCUACACUCCCAAACCGGCCAUCUUACAGGACCAACCCUGUUGAAACUAAAGAGUUACAAAAGCAAGUGGAGGAGCUUAUGGAAAAGGGACAUAUCAGAGAAAGCAUGAGUCCUUGUGCUGUUCCAGUGCUUCUUGUGCCAAAGAAAGAUGGUAACUGGAGAAUGUGUGUUGACUGCAGAGCCAUCAACAAUAUCACUGUAAAGUAUCGCCAUCCUAUUCCUAGAUUAGAUGACAUGCUAGAUGAAUUGCAUGGGUCUUGCUUCUUUUCUAAGAUAGAUCUUAAGAGUGGUUAUCACCAGAUUAGGAUGAAGGAAGGUGAUGAGUGGAAAACUGCAUUUAAAACUAAACAUGGAUUGUAUGAAUGGUUAGUGAUGCCAUUUGGUUUGACGAAUGCACCUAGUACUUUCAUGCGCUUAAUGAAUCAUGUUCUAAGAUCAUUCAUAGGCAUCUUUGUUGUUGUUUACUUUGAUGACAUCUUAGUUUACAGCAAAAGCUAUCAUGAUCAUAUAGAACAUCUUAGGGCUGUCUUUGAUGUGCUUAGAAAAGAAUCUCUUUACGCCAAUCUUAAGAAGUGUACAUUUGGAACAGAUAACUUGGUCUUUUUAGGCUUUGUUGUGAGUGCAGAUGGUGUUAAAGUGGAUCAAGAAAAGAUCAAAGCAAUCCAAGAAUGGCCAAGUCCAACCACCGUGAGUGAAAUAGAUGAUGGAGAAGAUGGGACUAAGGAUCAACCAGCUCAAGAGGAUGCCUUAGAAGUUUCAGAAGGACCAAUGACUCGUGCUAGAGUUAAGAAGCUCAAAGAAGCCAUUGGAGGUUUACUUAGGAAGUCUCUGAAUCAAGAUGAAUGUCUUGGAGGAAGCUUGAUACUUCAAGACACCCUUAUCACCAUCCAAGCUAUCUCACCAUCAAGCUGAGUAUCAUCUAGGCUAGCAAGAGAAGUGUGCUCUUUUCCUGUCUUAGUUUUUGUCCC